AUGGCUGCCCCGCAAGAACUCGCAGACCGCACCAAGAUGGAGGACAAGAAGGUCUACGUCGACACCGAUGCCGGUGCGGACGACGAAACCGCCGACGGCUCUGAACAGAAGCCCUAUAAGUCCCUGGCCUACGCGUACAUCCAGAACUUCGAGAAGCCCGCCCCCGCGUACCUCACGCGCGCGUCCGUAACCGGCCCCGGUGAGGACGAGACAGCCCGCCUUGCCUGGAAGGAUCCCCCGAAGAGUGCCGUGAAGAAGGCCCAAGGUGCCCUCGAUUCGCAUAAGAAGAAGGUUGCGAAGCAGCGACAGCUUGCGGCUGCGGAGGAAGAGAAGAAAAAGCAUAAACUCCAGGCGCUGGAGGACGCGAAGAAGAUUGUCUUGAAGGAGGACGAGACCCUCCCUAAGGCUAUUAAGAUCAACAUUGGCAACCAGGAUGUUGAGCUUGGUGAUACUGAGAAGAAGGGAACCCGGGUCAAGGUCUACGGCAGGAUUCACAGGUUGCGACCGCAGAAGCACGCGACUUUUAUUACUCUCAUCGAUGGCCAUGGACAUCUCCAGUGCAUUCUCCCUGCUGGUGAUCUGACCAAGAACUACGAUGCUCUGCAGUUCGCCCAGGGAACAUCACUCCUACUCUUUGGUGAGCUGAAGAAGGUGCCCGAGGGCCAGUCCGCGCCGGACGGUCGUGAGCUUCACGUUGAUUACUAUGAGGUGAUCGGCUCGGCGCCCUCCGAGGAGGAUGCCAUUACCAACAAGGUUUCCUCGUCCCAGAACCAGUGGGACGCCCAAAUGCUUGACAACAGGCACCUCGUGCUCCGUGGCGACAACGCGUCGGCGAUCAUGAAGAUCAGGGCGGCGACCGAAUGGGCGUUUGCCAAGGUUUACAAGGACAUGAAGUUUGUCAAGGUUUCUCCCCCCGCACUUGUGCAGACCCAAUGCGAGGGCGGAGCUACCCUCUUCAGCCUUCCCUACUACGACGAGACCUCCUACCUCACUCAAUCCUCGCAGCUCUAUCUCGAGACCGUCCUCCCUAGCCUCGGCAACGUGUACUGUAUCGAGAAGUCGUUCCGUGCUGAGAAGAGCUUGACCCGUCGCCAUCUCUCCGAGUAUACCCACAUCGAGGCGGAGCUGGAUUUUAUCCACUUUGACGACCUCCUAGACCACAUCGAGGAUAUCAUCUGCCGUGUCAUCGACAACGUUCUUGAAGACCCCACCAUUGCCCCUCUCAUCAAGGAGCUCAACCCCGACUUCAAGAAGCCCGAGAGGCCAUUCAUGCGCAUGAAGUAUAGCGACGCCAUCGACUGGCUCAACGCCCAAGACCCACCCAUCCCCAACGAAGACGGAAACCCCCACGUGUUCGGCGACGACAUCGCCGAGGCCGCCGAGCGGAGGAUGACGGACAUCAUCAACAAGCCCAUUCUCCUCACCCAUUUCCCCGUCGAGAUCAAGGCGUUUUACAUGAAGAAGGACCCGAGCGACUUGAGGGUCACUGAGAGUGUUGAUGUGCUCAUGCCUGGUGUCGGAGAGAUUGUUGGUGGCUCGAUGAGGAUGGAGGGGUAUGAGGAGCUUUUGGAGGCGUAUAAGAAGCAGGGUAUUCCUGCUGAGGAUUACUACUGGUACACCGACCAGCGAAAGUACGGCACUUCCCCCCAUGGUGGUUACGGAUUAGGUCUGGAGCGAUUCUUGGCCUGGAUGGCUAACCAGCACACCGUCCGCACGACAUGUUUGUAUCCCCGCUACAUGGGUCGCUGCAAGCCUUAA